CUUUCACGACAAGCAUUCCUAUUCGAUACCUAAGGUCUGAGAUCGGAAUCAACGUGGAAUCAAUAACUUUUCAUCGUCUUUUAAAGAUCACCUCAGCUUCACCUGUCGAAACAGGAAAAAAAGAAUGUCUACAAUUAUCGCGGAAGUUGCGCCGAAUGUCGUCAGCGAUCCCAAUGGUGAGACAACUUAUACGGAGAACAAACAAAAAUCUACCGUCAUUGUCAAUGAUAUGUCGAACUCGAUCAGCAGUCCCAAUGUUCAGACAGUGCAAGCAGGAGACCAAGAGAUAUCUAGCAUGGUUGCAAGAAGUGCGCCAGGUUCCGCCAGUAUUCCUGAUGAGCAACCACUCCAAUCAUUCAAUAGAUUCAAGGACCUUCCUCUUGAAUUGAGACUCAUGAUUUGGAGCUUCGCUAUUCCACCAGACGAACCUCGAAUCAUUCCGAUAGAACCAUACAACAUAGGCAGAUCCCUGACCAGAAUCUGGAACUCACGUUCGAUAUUCAUUGAGAGCACCGAGGCUUGGCAAGCUUUUCUGGAAACGCCACAUAUCAAAGCAUUGCCGGAGGAGAACAAAGAUGGCAAGUUGAGAAGUGUCAUUAUUCGCCCAAACGAGCAAAAACUCUGGAAUGUCCAUCCAACUUGCGCCACUCUACAAAAUCUUAUGGAUGCUUGCGAUGAGUCUCGUGGUGUGGUUUCGGAAUCGUCUUACGUUCGGACCUUUGGGGUCUUCGGCGAUAGACCUACGAUCUUGUUUGUUUCUCCAAACGACACAUUCUAUAUUAGCCAGGACGUGCUUUUUGACCCACCGCGAAGGCAUUCUAAUGGACAAUACCUGAGCAGAAGCGGGGGGUUCUACUGCGAAUCAGGCUGGUGCUGGGAGCUCAACCGCGUGGAUAAACUUGCUAUCGGGAAGAGUACUUUCAGCUUCGAAUUCGCUUCCUACAAUGAUCUUCGCUCUGACUGGAUCAAAGAAGUCGUUUCUUGGUUUAGAAACGUCGAUCGAGUUACUCUCGUGUUGGAGUACGACCUUGUAGUCGAUACCGAUGUCUCGGAUUUUGUCUUCAUGGAUCUCCCGGAACUCGAAAUGGCACAGGAGCGGACCACAUGGAGCGAGGAGAAACCAGGUUAUAGUACCGAUACUAUGGCUCACAGUAUCGAAUUGGAUGGCUUGAAGAAUGAGCUUUCGCGCCACGGCAGCUUUGAUACGCCGCCCAACCUCCCAACGUCACUAAUCUUGGACCGCAAGAUUAUGAUGACCUCCAAGCGAAAAUUAGAGUUGAGCAACGUGGAUGAUUGGAAACGUUCCAAGGAUCUGACCAAGGCCUUUUGCUUACUAUCUCCUGUAAGUAUGGAGCCUCUAUUCAUCAUUGUCGACAGAGAAGCAAGAGUGAAGGAUCUGCUUGCCACGUUUGCCUCCAAAAGACUUGGUCUGAAUUAUGAUGCCAGUCGAAUAACACUCUCUCAUGCCCGUGGACAGGGCAAGAAGAUAGAUCCAGAAGUGCUCGUGUAUAGACUUGCGGAAGAUGGGAGAAUACUAGUUAUUGACUGCUUAGCUGCAGAUGGGAGAUGGGCGUAGCUUAUCUCGCUAUGAUUUAGUCGUCCAAGAUUGAUAGCUAGGUC